AUGGCGUCCAAGCAGGAGCAGCCGUACCAGUUCCCGACGCUGACGGAGAUCAAGCGCUCGCUGCCCAGCGAGUGUUUCGAGGCGUCCGUGCCGCUCUCGCUCUACUACACGGUGCGCUGCCUGGUGAUCGCCGUGUCGCUGGCCUUCGGGCUCCACCACGCGCGCUCGCUGCCCGUGGUCGAGGGCCUCUGGGCGCUGGACGCCGCGCUCUGCACGGGCUACGUGCUGCUGCAGGGCAUCGUGUUCUGGGGCUUCUUCACCGUGGGCCAUGACGCCGGCCACGGCGCCUUCUCGCGCUACCACCUGCUCAACUUCGUGAUCGGCACCUUCAUCCACUCGCUCAUCCUGACGCCCUUCGAGUCGUGGAAGCUCACGCACCGCCACCACCACAAGAACACGGGCAACAUCGACCGCGACGAGAUCUUCUACCCGCAGCGCAAGGCCGACGACCACCCGCUCUCGCGUAACCUCAUCCUGGCGCUGGGCGCCGCGUGGUUCGCCUACCUGGUCGAGGGCUUCCCGCCGCGCAAGGUCAACCACUUCAACCCGUUCGAGCCGCUGUUCGUCCGCCAGGUGUCCGCCGUGGUCAUCUCGCUGGCCGCGCACUUCGGCGUGGCCGCGCUGUCCAUCUACCUGAGCCUGCAGUUCGGCUUCAAGACCAUGGCUAUCUACUACUACGGGCCCGUGUUCGUGUUCGGCAGCAUGCUGGUCAUCACCACCUUCCUGCACCACAACGACGAGGAGACCCCCUGGUACGCCGACUCGGAGUGGACCUACGUCAAGGGCAACCUCUCGUCGGUCGACCGCUCCUACGGCGCGCUCAUCGACAACCUGAGCCACAACAUCGGCACGCACCAGAUCCACCACCUCUUCCCCAUCAUCCCGCACUAUAAGCUCAAGCGCGCCACCGAGGCCUUCCACCAGGCGUUCCCCGAGCUCGUGCGCAAGAGCGACGAGCCCAUCAUUAAGGCCUUCUUCCGCGUCGGCCGCCUCUACGCCAACUACGGCGUCGUGGACUCGGACGCCAAGCUCUUCACGCUCAAGGAGGCCAAGGCCGUGUCCGAGGCGGCGACCAAGACUAAGGCCAACUGAGUCGGGACUUCGUAGGUUUCAUGGCGACAGACCCGAGAGAGUAAUACAAGAGAGAGUUUUUUUU